AUGGACGACAUCACGCGCUGGGUCCGCCGGCUCGUGUGCAAAGGCCUUGACGUCGACGACGACGUGUACAACCGCGUCUUUGAGGAGACGUCCAAGACCGCCAAGAAGCCGCCGACCCGCGACUUGUACCGUAAGUUCUUCUCGAGCGAGACGGCUGCGGGCAACGUCCUCUUCUUCUACACGACACAAUACGAGAUCGACGUGGAAGUCGAGGUCGAAGAGGAGGUCGAUGCGCCGCCCAAGGCGAUCGCCGCCGAGGCGCCGCGCCCAGAAGAGCCGACAGCAGACGACGCGGCUAGUAGUAGUAGCAGCAACAACAACGGCUUGCCUGGUCCCGUGACCGUCGAGCAAGACGAGCGUGACUUGGCCGCGCCUGCCGAGAAGGUCAAGACGAUUCGCCGCAUCACGACGCGGGAAGCCAAGGACAUGUGCAACGUAAGCUUGAACGUGCUGCCCGUGCACGACGGCCCGUGCGUCUUUUUCAUCAAGAGCGGCGACGGCCCCGUCGCGCUUCUCUCGAGCGAGGCCGAAGACAUUGCGAGCAACAUUGAGGUCGGGUGCUCGACAGGCGACUUGCUGUCAAACCUCGAGGGCGUCAUCUGCCACGUGUUCAUUCCCGUGCUCGACCCCAAGCUGCUCGCCGAGGGCGGGUACGAGACCGAGCUCACCGACGCCCACCACGCGCUCAAGGUCAUUGACGCAGUCCGCAACGAGUUUCGGGGCAACCUCGUUAAAUUUGCAUCGCAAAUCUCCAAUGCGAUGCAGCAGAUCCAAGGCGACGUGCACCUCGUGAUUCCGCCCGUCUCGAUCGACAAGCCGGAAGCCUGUCUCGACGACUACGAGCUUAUCAACACGCUCGAGCAAGCACUCGAAGAGUGGUACAAGGUCGUCGCGAUGGUGGUCGACCAAGAGGCGCGCAAGGCACCAAAGCGCAAGGGUCCGUUGGCCGAAAUUGAGUUUUGGCGCGAACGCAACGCGACGUUGAGUACGAUUUUUGAGCAAAUCAACAUGCCCCACGUGCAAAAGAUGCUCACGCUGCUCGAGCUCGUCGAAGCCGCGAUGCUCUCGACGUUCCGGUAUCAUUUCUCCGAGCUCAGCAAGCAGUACAUUGAAGCCAAGGACAACGUCAAGUUCCUCACGACGCUCGAGCGCCACUUCAAGAACCUCGCGGUCGGCUCGUUCGGAACGAUCGCGGACACGCUGCCGUCCAUGAUGAACGCGAUCCGCAUGGUCUGGAUCAUCUCGCGCCACUACAACACGGACGAGCGCAUGGUGCCGCUCAUGGAGCGCAUUGCCUCGGAGAUUGCCGACAAGGUCGCCGGCGCCAUCAACAUUCACACGUUUCUGCGCAAGCCGCCCGAGACGGCGCUGCACGCGAUCGAAGAGGCCAAGAUGGUGCUUGAUCUGUGGUACACGACGUACAUGAAGGUCCGCGAGCGCAUUGAAGCGAGCGGGACCGACCAUCGAUGGGAGUUUGACCGAAAGCGGCUCUUUGACCAAACCAACUACAUGGCCAAGAUUUGCGAAAACCUCCAAGAAGUCGCGACCGUGCUGGACCAAUUCCACAAAUUCCUCGGACCCGAGCUCAAGAGCGUCACGGGCGACUCGCAAGGCAUUGACGACGUCAUGGCGCGCGUCGAGAGUCUCAUUGCGCCCUUCGAGAACGUUCCGUUUCGCAUCUUUGACCGCGGCUACAAGACGAGCUGGGAGUCGGUCAUGGUGCAGUUCCGCGAAAAAGUGGUCGAGAUUGAGACCAUGACGCGCAAGUUCAUCGACACGUCGUUCCAGAAGCUUCGGUCGGCCGAGGGCGCGUUCGACUUGCUCCAGAACUUUCAAAACAUCCAGUCGCGCGACUCGAUCAACAAGCAAAUGAUGGAAAAGUACAAGGACAUUUUGAUGCAGUACAGCAAGGAGCUCGAGAAACUCACCGAGCAGUUUGAGCUCAACAAGGCGCGACCGCCGAUCUACAAGUCGCACCCGCCCGUCGCCGGCGCGAUUGCGUGGGCCCGGGCGCUCUACCACCGCGCCAAGAAGCCCAUCAUGCGCUUCCGGGCCAUGCACGAUUUGCUCAAGUCGCCCCACGGCGAAGAAGUCAAGGAGAAAUACCUCGUGUUUGCGCGCGCCGUCGACGCCUACAUCCGCGGCCUCCAUCUCGAGUGGAAGGAAAAGGUGCCGUCCAUGACCAACGAGCAUCUCAAGCAGCCGAUCCUGGGGCCGCCGCUCCUUGAGACGAGCAAGAUCGAGAACGGGUCGCCUUUGCUCAAGCUGCCGCCGCCGCCGUUUUACCCCAACUUUGCACCCGAGCUCUCGAUGAUCAUCCGCGAAGCCAAGUACAUGGACCGGCUCGGCUUUGACAUUCCUGAAGAGGCGCUCAACGUGACGCUCCAAGAAGGCAAGUACCACCAGAUUGUGCAGGACCUCAAGGGCAUGCUCAAGCAGUACGACGCGCUCCUCAAGAGCCUCUCGCCCGUCGAGACGUACCUUCUCCGCGGGCAGCUCAAGGACCUCGACGAUGCGCUCCGCGUCGGCUUUUACCCGCUCAACUGGAACUCGCAGCGCAUUUUUUCGUUCAUUGAAGCGUCGCUGAAAGCGCUCAACCAGUUUGGCAACAUUGUCUCGCAAGUCCACAAGAGCGCCAAGAUGAUCGAAGAGGUCGUCGUCACGAUUGAGAACACGAUGCUCAUCAAGAUCAGCGACUACGAAGACGGCGUCGUGACCGAAGUGGGCGAGUUUUACGAGCUCAUGGAGCGCAACCGCGUCGCGCGCAUUGACGAGCUCGUGCAAAACUACAGGAGCAUCGGGCCGCUGCUCAUCAAGGUCGAGGAGGUCGUCGCGGGCGUCAACACGGGGUGCAGUCCCAAGCUCGCGACCUACUACAUGUACUGGGAGCGGCGCGUGUUCAACGCGAUCACAAAGAUGAUCAUUGGCUCGAUGACGACGUUCCAAGCGCUUUUGAACGUGCACCAAAAGGACGUCUUUCGCCAAAACAACAACAACGCGCACGAAGCCAACAAACUCAAGCGCCCACCGCUCUGCAAGAUCAAGGCUACCAUGAACGGCAAGGACAUUGUCGUGACGCCGACGCUCAGCGACAUGUACAAGUACCUCAGCAAGUGCGUCAAGCACAUUGUCGAGAGCGCCAAAGCAUUUGCACGCUGGAUGCACGGUACUUGCCGCGAAACCGAGCCCCAAGUCGCGUCCGAGGACGACGAGCCCGUCACGUUUACGUUCUACAAUGACAUUUCGCAAAACCCGUAUGUGAUCAAGAUGACUCUCUCGCUCAACCAAGAGAUCCACAAGGUCUUCAACAUCAUCAACAAGUACCUCGACUCGUGGCGCCGGUACGACACGGUCUACGCGCUCUGGAACCCGAAACGUCGCGCGGCCUUGGACAAGCUCGCCGACAAGAAGCCGAGCUGCGUCUACUUUGAUGCGCGCAUGGCGUCGUAUGCGCGCCUCGCCGAUAGCGUGCGUAGCCAGCCGACUGAGAAGGAAACGGACUUUCUUCAAAUCAACUGCUUUGCGGUCGCAGUGGCGAUUGCCAAACAGGCCGAAAAGUGGAAGGACGACUAUGGUCAGAUUUUGCUGGAGCUCUCGACCAAGAAGCUCGCGGCCAGCGUCGCCAUCAUGGACGGCUUUGAGAAGGAGCUGGUGGCGGCGCCGACGGACCUUGCGUCGCUCAAGGCGUUGUUGAAUACGAUUGCGCGCAUCUCAGCCUCGAGUAUGGAGAUGGAGCUCGACUACUGCGACAUUGCCGAGCGGUACCGGACACUGCAAACGUACGCGAUCGCGAUGCAAGACGGCGGCGCCGAGGCCACGCGCGCGUUUGAGCUCGAGUCGCGCUGGAAGAGCCUCGUGAUCGCGAGCAAGACCAAGGAUCUACGGCUCAUCCACGUCAAGGACCAGUUCCGCGUCGUGACCAAGCAAGACACGGCGGCGUUUGCGAUCGACUGCAAAGCGAUGCGGUCCGACUUUUUUUCGACUGGACCUGGCGGAACACUCUCCGACUUGGACGCAGGCUUGGAGCUCGUGACCGAGUACAAGGCGCGGCUCAUGGCGUUCAAGAACAAGCGCCAAGAGCUCGUGAAUGCCGAGAACCUCUUUAGCCUUCCGUUGAGCGCGUACCCCGAGCUCCAAGAGGUGGCCGAAGCGCUCGAGAAGCACGAGCGCGUGUACGCACUCUAUAUUGAGCAAAAGGAGUUUAUCACGGGCAUGUCGGGCGUGCUCUGGGGGGAACUCGACGUUGGCUUCAUGACCAAGGGCAUCGACGAGCUCGAAAAGACGUGCCGCAAGUUUCCCAAGGAGCUUCGCGCGAUGGCGACGUUCCAAGAAGUUGAAAAGCAGAUUUUUGCGUUCAAGGAAAGCAUCCCGCUCAUUGCGUCGCUCAAGAACGACGCGAUGAAGCCGCGGCAUUGGGAAGAGCUCAUGGGCGUCACGCAGGUCAAGUUUGAAAUGAACCUCAAGACGUUUACGCUCGGCAAUCUCUUUGCGAUGCAACUGCACCGGUUUGCAGCCGAGAUUGGUGACAUUGUCAAUGCCGCGAUGCAAGAAGCCAAGAUCGACAUGGAGCUCCAAAAGAUCGAGGACGUGUGGGCCAAAGCGACGUUUGAAGUCGCCAAGUACAAGAAGAACGGGACAGACCGUGGCUGGGUGCUCCGCACCGCGGACGAGCUCAAAUUGACGCUCGAAGAUCACAUGCUCAACCUCCAGACGAUGAGCGGGUCGCGCUUCAUUGCGAGCUUCUCGGACCGCGUCCGCAAGUGGGAGAAGAAGCUCAACAUCGUCAACGAGUGCAUUGACGUGUGGUUUGUCGUUCAGCGCAAAUGGAUGUACCUCGAGAGCAUCUUUAUCGGCGCCGAAGACAUUCGGCUCCAGCUCCCGGAAGAAGCCAAGAAGUUUGAUGCGCUGGACAAGGCGUGGAAGGGCAUCAUGGCGGCCACAUACAAGAACGCAAACGCUGUCGAUGCGUGUACGACCGACAACCGUACCGAGACCCUCCUUGGGCUGUCCGAGCGCUUGGACAAGUGCCAGAAAAGCCUUAGCGACUACCUCGACACGAAGCGGAAUUCGUUUCCGCGCUUCUUCUUCAUCUCGGACGACGAGCUCCUCUCGGUGCUUGGGUCGUCGGACCCGACGUCGAUUCAAGUGCACAUGCUCAAGCUCUUUGACAACGUCAAGCUCCUAACGUUUGCGCGCAACAACCGCAACGUGACGGCCAUGGAGAGCUCGGAAGGCGAGGGCUUUGCCUUUCGGACCGUCUCGGUCGUCGAAGGACCCGUCGAGCAGUGGAUGACCGGUGUCGAAGACGAGAUGCGUGCGACGCUCCAAGUGAUCGCCAAGGAAGGCGUCUUUCAUUACGCGCGGUCGCCGCGGACAACGUGGCUCGGUGACGUCCUCGGCAUGGUGGGUCUCGUUGGCAGUCAAAUCUGGUGGACGUGGGAGGUCGAAGACGUCUUUCAUCGCGUGGCCGGCGGCAAUAAAUAUGCAAUGAAGGAGCUCGAGGUGAAGCUCACGGGGCAGCUCAACGACCUCGUGCGUCAAGUGCGCGAGCCCUUGCCCAAGCAGACGCGCAAGAAGGUGAAUACGCUUCUCAUCAUCGACGUCCACGCGCGCGAUAUCGUCGACGCGUUCGUUCGGGACUCGAUCUUGCACGAAAAAGAAUUCGCUUGGGAGUCGCAAUUGCGCUUUUACUGGGACAAGGACGUCGACGACGUCGUCAUCAAACAGUGCACGGGCACCUUUCGCUACGGCUACGAGUAUAUGGGUCUUAACGGUCGGCUCGUCAUUACGCCACUCACCGAUCGCUGCUACAUGACGCUGACACAAGCGCUGACAUUCAAGCUUGGCGGGUCUCCCGCGGGGCCAGCCGGGACGGGCAAGACAGAGACGGUCAAAGAUCUCGCCAAGUCACUCGCGCUGCCGUGCUACGUCAUCAACUGCGGCGAGGGCCUCGACUACAAAGCCAUGGGCAGCAUCUUCUCGGGGCUUGUUCAAGUCGGCGCGUGGGGCUGCUUUGACGAGUUCAACCGCAUCAACAUCGAAGUACUUUCCGUUGUCUCGGCGCAACUGCGAGCGAUCCAGAAUGCGCUCAACACGGACAAGCCAACGGUCGACAUUGGCUUUGGCACAGAAAUCGCGAUUCAUCGCACAGCAGGGUUUGCAACCUGCGGCUUCUUUAUCACGAUGAACCCGGGGUACGCGGGCCGCACCGAGCUCCCAGACAACCUCAAGGCGCUCUUCCGCCCCGUGACAAUGAUUGUGCCGGAUCUGCUCAUGAUCUGCCAGAUCAUGCUUUUUAGUGAAGGCUUUGAGAACGCGGUGGCGCUCGCGAAGAAGAUGACGGUGCUCUACAAGCUCUCGCGCGAACAGUUGAGCAAGCAGUACCACUACGACUUUGGGCUCCGCGCACUGAAGAGCGUGCUCGUCAUGGCCGGUUCCCUCAAGCGCGAGUACAGCGACAUGAGCGAAGACUUGGUGCUCAUGCGCGCGCUGCGCGACUCGAAUAUGCCAAAGUUCGUCUUUGAAGACGUUCCGCUUUUCCACGGCCUCAUCAACGAUCUCUUUCCUGGGCUCGACUGCCCGCGCGUGGGGUACGCCACGCUCAAGGACGCGAUCGAAGCCGACUUGGACGCGGGCGAAUACCGGACCACGGAUGCCGCUGUCUUUCGGGAACAGACGGACAAGAUCAUUCAAAUGUACGAGACGAUGCUGGUCCGGCACACGACCAUGAUCGUCGGCCCGACCGGCGGUGGCAAGUCGCUCGUGCUGCAGACGCUGGCAAAUGCGUCCAAGGUCGCGCUCGACGAAAUCGUCAAGAUCUUUGUGCUCAACCCGAAAGCGCAGUCGGUCGCUGAAUUGUACGGCACGAUGGACCCAGUCACUCGCGACUGGACGGACGGUGUUCUUUCCAAGCUCUUUCGAGAGCUCAACCAGCCGCUGCCACCCGGAAAGGAAAACGAAAAACGCUGGCUCAUCUACGACGGCGACGUGGACGCUGUCUGGGUCGAAAACAUGAACUCGGUCAUGGACGACAACAAGUUGCUCACGCUACCGAACGGCGAGCGUAUUCGCCUCCAAACGCACUGCAGCAUGAUCUGCGAAACAUUCGACUUGCAGUAUGCGUCGCCGGCGACCAUCUCGCGUUGUGGCAUGGUGUGGGUCGACCCAAAGAACCUCGGGUACCGUCCGUUCUACGAGCGCUGGCUCAAGAAGCGCACCAAGCUCGACGACAAAGGCCCGCUUUUAGAGCUUUUUGACCAGUAUGUACCCAAGUGCGUCGACUACAUUCUCGAGGGUACAGUUGGCACCGAAGUCGUCGGUCGCCUCACCCAAGUGAUUCCGAUCUCCAACAUGGAAAUGUGCAAGCAGUUGACGAACGCGAUCGACAGCUACUUUCCGGAAGCGCCCCUCGAGCGCAUGGACAUUGAAGGUCUCUUUCUCUUUUGCCUCGUGUGGUCGCUCGGCGCCGCGCUCAUCGAGCCCAGCCGCGUCCGCUUUGACGAGUUUCUCAAGACGAUCGCGACUUGCGCGAUGCCAACGCCGUCGCUUUACGCCUGCUUUUACAACUUUGAGACGCACAAGUGGCAGACGUGGGACUCGCGCGUGCCCUCGUACGUUGAGCCGGCGCCGUUCAACUUUUCCAACGUGCUCGUGCCAACGACAGACUCGGUCUUGUACUCGUACAUUCUUGCGACAGGCAUGAAGACGGAGCGCCCGGUCCUUCUCGUUGGCGACUCGGGCACGGCCAAGACCGUGACGGUGACCAACUAUCUCCGCGAACUCGACCCGCAGACCACGUCGUCGCUCAGUAUCAACUUUUCAAGCCGGACGAGCUCGGCCGACGUGCUCGCCAACAUCCAAGCCAACGUUGAUAAGCGCACGGGCAAAAUCUACGGCCCGCCCGCGGGCAAGAAGCUCGCUAUCUUCAUCGACGACAUGAACAUGCCCAAGGUCGACUUGUACGGCACGCAGCAGCCCAUCGCGCUCCUUCACUUUGUCGUGAGCAAAGGCUGCAUGUACGACCGUGGCAAAGAUUUGGACCUGCGCAUCCUCAAGGAUUUGCUCUACAUUGGUGCCAUGGGUCCGCCAGGCGGUGGCCGCAACAACGUCGACCCACGGUUCGUCGCACUCUUCAACGUGUACAACUUGACGCCACCGACAAAAGACGUUUUGCGCAACAUUUACGGCUCGAUUCUGACGACAUAUCUCCGCAACUUUGCGCCGCCCGUGCAGGAGGCUGGCGCCAAGCUCACGGACGUCCUUCUCCGCCUCUUUGACGUAAUUGUCGAGAAGCUGCCGCCGACACCGUCAAAGUUUCACUACAUCUUUAAUCUCCGAGACCUCGGCCGCGUCUGCGAAGGCGUGUGCAUGGCGACGCCCGACCGAUUCGACUCGUCGGCCAAGCUUGUUCGACUGUGGCGCAACGAGGUGCAACGCAUUUUUUGCGACCGCCUCACGAGCACGACCGACCUCGGCGUUGUCGACAGCGCUACUGCAGGCCUUCUCAACGAGGUGUUUCCGUCCGAAGCACCCGUCGCGCUCGUGGACCCUCUGCUCUUCGGGGACUAUGCGGACUGUCGAAAUCGGCUCGGCGGUGGCGGUGGCGAAGACCUCCGAUUGUAUCAGGACAUGGACUCGUACAAGCGGAUCCAGUCGCUCUUUGAGGAAGUGCUCGAGACGUACAACCUCGACAACAAGCCAAUGGCGCUCGUGCUUUUCGAGAUGGCGCUGGAGCAUCUCUCGCGUAUUCUGCGCAUCAUUCGCAACCCGCUCGGGCACGCGCUACUGAUUGGCGUCGGCGGCAGUGGGAAGCAGAGCUUGUCGCGCCUCGCUGCGUUUACUGCGGGCUACGAUCUCUUUGAAAUUUUCCUCACGCGCGGCUACGGAGAAACCGAGUUUCGGGAAAACCUCAAGGAUUUGUACCGGAAACUCGGCAAAUCGCCCGUCGUCUUUUUGUUUACCGACGCCCAUGCGGUUGAGGAAGGGUUUCUCGAGUUCAUCAACAAUAUGCUCACGACCGGUAUCGUCCCGGCGCUCUUUGAGCAAGACGAGAAGGACCAGCUCGGCGCCACCGUGCGGCAAGAGGUCAAGGCGGCGGGUUUGGUCGAGUCGAACGAGAAUUGCUGGAAAUUUUACGUCCAGCGCUGCCGCCAGAACCUGCACGUCGUGCUCGCCAUGUCACCGUCGGGCACGACGCUGCGCGUGCGCUGCCGGAACUUCCCCGGCCUCGUCUCGGCGAGCGUCAUUGAUUGGUUCUUCUCGUGGCCCGAAGACGCGCUUCGGAAUGUGGCGCGCUACUUCUUGCUCGACGAGAAGAUUCCCGAAGAGCACCGGCCCGAAGUCGUCAACCACCUCGUCCACGCCCACUUGCGCGUCGUGACGGUCGCGCACCGCUUUGCGGUCGAGUUGCGCCGCCACUAUUACGUGACGCCCAAAAACUACCUGGACUUUAUCGCCAACUAUCGGCUGCAGCUCAAGGAGAACAACCAAAAGGUCAACGCCAGUAUCGCGCGCCUCAAAGGCGGCUUGACCAAGCUCGUGGAAGCCAGCUUGGCCGUCGACCGCAUGCAAAUCGAACUUAGCGAGAAGAAGAUCAUUGUCGACGAGAAGACAGUCGCUUGCGAAGCGCUCAUCAAAACGAUUGGCGAAAAGUCGGCGAUUGCGAGCAAGCAGCAAGAAGUGGCUGCGAUCACCCAGAUCGAGUGCGAGAAAGCGAGCGUCGUCAUUGCCAAAGAAAAGGAGGAGGCUGACGCCGCGCUGCUCGAAGCGCUGCCGGCGGUUGAAGCCGCGGCGCAGGCGCUCCAGGACCUCUCGAAAGCCGACUUGACCGAAAUCAAAUCGUUUGCGUCCCCGCCCGCGCUCGUCAUGUCGGUGUGCAUGUGCGUGCUCAUUCUGCGGCCGACAGGUCAAGACCUCGACUUGGACUGGAAGGGUGCCAAGGUCAUGCUCAGCAACCCAAACAUGCUCAACUUGCUCAAAGAGUACGAGAAGGACAAGAUCACGGCCAAGAUGAUCUCCAAGAUCAAGACGUUCUUCAAGAACCCGGACCUCAACCUCGAAACGAUGAAGUCGAUCUCCAAAGCCGGAUCCGGUCUCCUAGUGUGGGUCAUUGCCAUCGUCAAAUACUACGACGUUGCGCGCAAUGUCGAGCCGCUCAAACUCAAAGUCAAAACGAUGGAGAAGGAGCAAGCCGUCAAAGAGCAAGAGCUGCUUGAGCUCAAAGAAACACUGGAGCGGCUCACGGUCGACCUCAACGGCCUCUCGUCGGCGUUUGAAGCUGCCAAUGGCGAACUCCAGGGCCUGAAGUCCCAAGCCGACCAGAUGCAAAAGCGAUUGAGCGCCGCGAGUAAGCUUCUCUCGGGUCUUGCAAGCGAGAAGACGCGCUGGACCAAGGACAUUGAGAGCUUGAACCUCCAAGGCGAGCGGCUCAUCGGCGACUGCCUCCUCACCGCGAGUUUUCUCAGUUAUGCCGGCGCGUUCAGCUUCGACUACCGCUACGAACUGAUCUACGUCGACUUUUUGACCGACGUGACGGGCCGGAAGUUACCGGCAACAGACCCGUUCAAGCUCGAGAGCUCGCUGACCAACGACGCGACCGUGCAAAAGUGGGUCGCGGAGGGCCUCCCGGCAGACGAGCACUCCGUGCAAAACGGUAUUUUAACGACCAAAGCAUCGCGCUUUCCGCUGUGCAUUGAUCCGCAGCAGCAAGCCGUCACGUGGAUCAAGCGACGCGAAGAGAAGAACAACUUGACGGUCAAGACGCUCAACGACGGCGAUUUCAUGAAGCAUCUUGAACUCGCGAUUCAGUUUGGCAACCCGUUCUUGUUUGAGGCCGUCGACGAAGAGCUCGACCCGAUUUUGGACCCGGUCCUUGAAAAAAGCACGUUCAUGGAAGGCUCCCAGCGGCUCAUCAAGCUCGGCGACAAGAACGUCGAGUGGGACGCCAACUUUCGACUCUACUUUACGUCCAAGCUCGCCAACCCGCACUACUCGCCCGAAGUUAUGGGUAAAACCAUGAUCGUCAACUACUCGGUGACGCAGGCGGGUCUCGCCAAUCAACUUUUGAACGUCGUUGUCGCCCACGAACGCCCGGACCUCGAGGAGCAGUACCGCGAGCUCGUGCGCGACAUGUCGGAGAACACGCAAAUGAUCGUCGAGCUCGAAGACACGCUGUUGCACGAGCUCUCGACGUCGACGGGCAACAUCUUGGACAACGAAGAGCUCAUUGUGACGCUGGACGAGACCAAGAACAAGGCGACCGAGAUCGGCUCGAAGCUCGACAUGAGCAAGUUUACAAAGGAUGAAAUCACAAAGGCGCGCGCCGUGUACUCGCCGGUCGCGCUACGCGGCAGUAUCAUGUACUUUGCCAUGUCGUCGCUCUCGACCAUCAUGAAGAUGUACGAGAUCUCGCUCACCUCGUUUUUGACGGUCUUCAACUCAGCGCUCGACAACGCCAAGCGCGACGUGGUCUUGGAGAAGCGACUCCGCUUCAUGAUCCAAAGCAUCACCGAAAUGAUGUACGACUACACGUGCACCGGCAUCUUUGAGCGCCACAAGCUCAUGUUGUCGUUCCAAAUGACCGUCAUGAUCAUGGCAAGCGCCAACGAGCUCGCGCGACCGGAGCUCGAUUUUUUCCUCAAGGGCGACACGUCGCUCGAGGCGGCGACCGUCAACAAGCCGGACGGCCUCGUCUGGAUCGCGGCUGCUGGCUGGAAAGACUUGCUCUGCCUCACCAAGAUGGCCGGGCCGUUUGAAACGCUCUUGAGCGACGUCACGACGCACAAGCGGGCGUGGCAAGAGUGGUACGAGCUCGAGGCGCCCGAGCAAAGUCCGUUCCCGUGCGACUACACGACCAAGCUCUCGCCGCUCCAGCAGCUUCUCAUUUACCGCUGCUUUCGCCAAGAUCGCGUCUACAACGCCAUGAAGCUCUUUGUCAUGGCAGUCCUCGGCGAAAAGUACGUACAGCCGCCCGUCUUGGACUACGCGCGGAUUUACGCUCAGAGCGCGCCGACCGCGCCGAUUGUGUGCAUUCUAAGUCCCGGGGCCGACCCGCAGAGCGACAUCCAGACGCUCGGGGAGGCCACGGGCUUCUCGGGCCACAAAUUUAAGUUUUUGGCGCUCGGCCAAGGCCAAGGACCGCUCGCCGAACAAAUGCUCGAGGCAGGCUACACGCGCGGCCACUGGGUGCUAUUGCAAAACUGCCACUUGCUCGCGAGUUGGCUACGGACGUUGGAGAAGACGCUGCUGGCGAUGCACAAGCCGCAUAAAGACUUUCGUCUCUGGCUCACGACCGAGCCCACGGAUCGGUUUCCGCUCGGCAUUCUCCAGCGGUCCCUCAAGGUCGUGACUGAGCCACCAGACGGGCUCAAGCAGAACAUGCGGUCGCUCUACUCGAAACUCGACGAAGCCCUCCUCGACGAGUGCCCGCACCCGGCGUUUAAACAAGUCGUGUUCGUCUUGUGCUUCUUGCACGCUGUCGUGCUCGAGCGCCGGAAAUACGGCAAAAUCGGCUGGAACGUGAGCUACGACUUUAACGAGUCGGACUUCAACAUUUCGCGCAAGCUGCUCUCGCUCUACUUGCACAAGGCGUUUGUCGACGGCGACGAGCAGCUGCCGUGGGGGUCCCUCAAGUAUCUCAUUGGCGACGCCAUGUACGGCGGGCGCGUCUCGGACGACUACGACCGGCGUGUCCUCACGACGUAUCUCUCCGAGUACAUGGGCGACUUCCUCUUUGACGACUGCCAGCCCUUCUUCUUUAGCCGGUCCGGCUUUGACUACCGGCUCCCGGUGGACGGACCGCUUGAGUCAUACUUGGCGACUGUCGAGGCGCUGCCGCUCACGAAUUCGCCGGCCGUCUUUGGCUUGCACCCGAACGCAGAAAUCGGGUACUACACCAACAUGACCAAGUCUGUGUGGCGCGACCUGAUCUCGCUCCAGCCGCGCUCGGCGGGCAGCGGCGGCGGUAUCUCGCGCGAAGACUACAUUACGAGCAUCGCGACCGACAUCGAGUCCAAGGUACCCGAGGCCGUCGACGUGAGUUUGAUCCGGAAGCGGCUCGGGGGCACACCGACGCCGACCCAAGUCGUGCUAUUGCAGGAGCUCGACCGCUGGAACGUGCUCACGGCCAAGAUGGCCACAUCGCUCGGGGACCUACAGAAGGCGCUCAUAGGUGAAAUCGGUAUGAGCGACGAGCUCGACGCGGUCGGGUCGGCCCUCUUUGACGGGUUCUUGCCAAAUAUGUGGCGGAGUCUGUGCCCGAAAACAGAAAAGCCGCUCGGGAGCUGGAUGGUCCACUUCAUGCAGCGCUACGCGCAGUACAUGAACUGGAUCGAGCAUGGAGACCCCGCGGUCAUGUGGCUCUCGGGCCUUGGCAUUCCAGAGAGCUACCUCACGGCGCUCGUCCAAACGACUUGUCGCGCCAAGAACUGGCCGCUCGACAAGAGCACGCUGUAUACGACGGUCACCAAGUUCCGCGCUGCGGCCGAAAUACCCUCGAGGCUCGACUCGGGCUGCUACGUCUCGGGGCUCUACCUUGAGGGCGCGUCGUGGGACCUCGAGAAGGGCUGUCUCUGCCAGCAGCAGCCCAAGAAACUGGUCGAAGAGCUCCCAAUCCUCCAAGUGAUCCCGAUCGAAGCAAGCCGCCUCAAGCUCCAAAACACAUUCCGGACACCGGUGUACGUGACGCAGUCGCGACGCAACGCGAUGGGCGUCGGGCUCGUCUUUGAAGCCGACCUCUUCACGAGCGACCACAUGUCCCACUGGGUUCUCCAAGGGGUCGCACUUGCGCUCAACACGGACUCGUAG